CUCUGGAUCUUUCUCGAGGAACCUGGGAGAAAUGUUUGCUUUCCAUUCCUCUCUCAGUCUCACCUUGAAGUGUAGCACAGUGUAGGGCAUUCCCUACUGAUGUGUGCGGGAAGACGGGGAGGGAACAGGAGAGGUGGGGGCAGGAAGAGCUCAUCUCCCAGACGGUCUUUGUCCUACCCUUGGCUGCCUUUCAAUUCACCCGGCACCAUUCUUGAACAAGACUGACAUCUGAAGAUUAUCUGGCCUCAUACAAAAGGAUUCGGUUUGUAUUUUGUCUCCUUUUCCAGCGGCCACAGUUACUCCUUUCAAAGACCUGCAUUUCUCACAUUGGAGCUGUGAGGGUUUAUAAAGCCAUUUUGUGAAAGAUUAAUGUGUAUUGUAGAAAAUAAGAGAAAUGUUCAAAAGCUAAAAGGAGCUGGGCGUUGAGGCUCAUACUGUAGUCCCAGCUCUGGGGGCUAAGGCAGGAGAUUGUCCUGAGUUCCCAGGCCAGCCAAGGCUACAGAGUGAGACCUGAUCUCAAAAAGACAAAAAUAAAUUUUUGGUUUGUUUUUUGUUUGUUUGUUUGUUUGUUUUGUCCCGCCUUGUUUGUUUGUUUUUGAGAUAGGUUUUUUCAGUGUAAUCCUGGCUGAACUGGAACUCACUCUGUGACCAGGCUGGCCUCAAACUCACAAAGACUUGCCUGCCUCUACCUCCCAAGUGCUAGUAUUAAAGGUAUAUGCCACCAUGCCCAGCUUCAAAAUUAAGAUUUUAAUUACAAAAAUCAAAAUCAUAUGCCCUAGCAAGAUGACUUAAUAUGUCAAAAUGCCUGCCACCAAGCCUAGUACCUGGUUGAUCCCCAGAACCCACAUAGUGGAAAGAGACAAUGGGCUCCCACAAGUUGUCCCCUGACUUUCACACACAUGCCUGUACACGCACAUGCAAAUAAGUAAAAAGAAGGGGAGGAAGACAGACAGACAGACAGUACUGCCAAUUCAGUCUUGCUUGAUUUUAUGACAGAUUCUAUUUUUGAGUCUUUUUUUUUUUUUCUUUUUUCUUUUUUUCAGAGCUGGGGACUGAGCCCAGGGCCUUGCGCUUGCUAGGCAAGUGCUCUACCGCUGAGCUAAAUCCCCAACCCCUGUUUUUUUUUUGUUUGUUUGUUUGUUUGUUUUUUGGGUUUUUUUUUGUUUGUUUUUGUUUUUUUCGGAGCUGGGGACCGAACCCAGGGCCUUGAGCUUGCUAGGCAAGAGCUCUACCACUGAGCUAAAUCCCCAACCCCUGUUUUUUUCAGUGUAUAUGAGUACACUGUAGCUGUCUUCACACACACCAGAAGAGGGCAUCAGAUCCCAUUCAGAUGGUUGUGAGCCACCAUGUGGUUGCUGGGAAUUGAACUCAAGACCUCUGGAAGAGCAGUCAGAGCUCUUAACUACUAAGCCAUCUCUCCAACCCUUGAGUCUGUUAGUUUGUCUUUUGUUUUAACAAAAUUCCCAUAAUCACUGAGUGUGAUAGCUCUUGUCUAUAGUUUCUAAAUUUGGGAAGUAGAGACAGGAAGAUUAGGAGUUCAAAUUGGUCAUCCUUGUCUUUUUUGUGAGAUCCAAGGCAUCCUGACUUACAUGAGACCCUACUCAAAACAAAACAAACUAUAGAUAGAUAGAUAGAUAGAUAGAUAGAUAGAUAGAUAGAUAGAUAGAUAGAUAGAUAGAUAGAGUGUAUAUGUAUACACAGAUAUCCACACAUAUAUAAAAAUUAUCCUAUAAUCACCUAUAAAGGAAUCUAAAAAAAACUCUUAAAUAUUGUUGAAGGUGUUUCUCAGAUAUUAUAUAUUUGUUGAGUCUAUCCAGUCAAAUCAUAGAUGGAGGAUUCUUGAGAGUUUAGAUUUUAUAUGUAUGUAUGGUUACUAAAAAUGGAACUCAGGGUUUUGUUUUUUGAGACAGGCUCUCACUGUGGCCUAGAAACAGGCUGUGUAGACCAGGCUGACUUUGAACUCAGAGAUUCACCUACCUCUACCUUCUGAGUACUAGGAUUAAAGGUCUUCAGCAAUAUCCUCCAGCACUGUGGUUUGCAAGGGGAUGGAAUAAACACCAUACCCCAGAAACUCGGGGAGAGGCCUCGGUUGACGCCCAGUGACAUGCCUCUCUUGGAAUUAAAGGACAUUGUUCUCUACCUGUGUGACACCUCCACCACACUCUGGGCCUUUCUGGACAUCUUCCCUUUGGCCUGCCAAACCUUCCAGAAACAUGACUUUUGUUACAGACUAGCUUCCUUUUAUGAGAUGGCGAUUCCGGAAAUAGAGUCUGCAAUUAAGAAGAGGAGGCUUGAAGACAGCAAGCUCCUGGGUGACAUGUGGCAGAGGCUCUCCCAUUCCAAGAAGAAGCUAAUGGAGGUGUUUCACACCAUCCUGAACCAGAUCUGCCUCCUUCCCAUUCUAGAGAGCAGCUGUGACAACAUUCAAGGCUUCAUUGAAGAAUUCCUUCAAAUCUUUAGCUCUUUGCUGCAGGAGAAGAGAUUCCUCCGAGACUAUGACUCAUUCUUCCCUGUAGCUGAAGACAUCAGCUUGCUGCAGCAGGCUUCAUCAGCAUUGGAUGAAACCCGGACUACCUACAUCCUACAGGCUGUGGAAGGUGCAUGGGAAGGGGUGGACAGACAGAAAAUCAAGGACAUUAAAGACCCAUCAAGAGCCAAGGAUUCUAAUAACGGAGUCACAAUGACAGCAGAGCCAGUCAGUGAAAUGCCAUCACAGCUGGAGAAUUCGGAAGACGAUGAGGAGUGCAUGGGUGCAGCAGCUGCCGUGGGCCCCGCCGUGAGCGGUGUGGAACUGGACUCACUCAUCUCCCAAGUGAAGGACCUGCUGCCAGACCUCGGGGAGGGCUUUAUUCUGGCCUGCCUGGAGCACUACAGCUAUGAUUCAGAGCGGGUUAUCAACAACAUCCUGGAGGAUCGGCUGGCCCCUGAGCUCAGUCAGCUGGACCGAAGCCUAGAAAGACAAGUAAAGCCGGACCCCACACCCCUGUUGUCAUCGCGUCACAACGUCUUCCAGAACGAUGAGUUCGAUGUGUUCAGCAGGGACUCAGUAGACCUGAGCCGAGUGCACAAGGGCAGGAGGAAGGAGGAGACCGUGAGGAGCCUGGUGAAUGACAAGCAGGCUGUGGUGGCACAGUGGCAGCGCUACCAGAAGUACAGUGUGAUAGUGGAGGAGGUCCCACUGCAGCCAGGAGAAUACCAGGCUGAUGACUAUGAGGACGAGUAUGAUGACACAUACGAUGGCAACCAGGUGGGCGCCAAUGAUGCUGACUCUGAUGACGAGCUCAUCAGCCGCAGGCCCUUCACCAUCCCUCAGGUGCUGAGAACCAAAAUGCCUGUGGAAGGGCAGGAGGAGGAGUGUGAUGAAGAGGAUGAGGUUGAAGAGGAGGCCCCCAAGCCAGACCAUUUCAUUCAGGAUCCUGCAGUGCUGAGGGAAAAGGCUGAAGCUAGGCGCAUAGCCUUCCUCGCCAGGAAAGGGUAUCGACCUGAGAACUCCACUGCAGUGACAGGUGGACCCCGGGGCCAUGGGCAAAGCCGAGAAACAACCCAGGAGCGCAGGAAGAAAGAGGCCAACAAGGCAGCCAGAGCCAACCACAGCCGUAGAACCAUGGCUGACCGAAAGAGAAACAAAGGCAUGAUCCCAUCCUGAGGCCACAAGCUGCCUGGACCAGGGAGGCCCCUCAAGACCACCAUCACACCUCACCUACCAGCCAGCCGUGAGCGCCUUCUUGUCAAACACACAGUGCCUUAUCCCUUGGUGCGGGAACCCAGUGCCAUCGAGCAGGCUCUCUCCCAGCUGUGCUGGUGGGAAGGAUGGGGCUGCAGAACCAAAGUGUCUCUCAUCUCGGGCAGCAAGGCACCACCUCCAGAAGUCCUGGAUGGCAGGAGACCUGUAUAUUCAGAAGCAACGAAAGGCCCAUGAAUAAAGUUUCUGACCUUCCAACAGUGCUCCCUGACAUGCUCCAGCCUUCUCCCUCUGUCCUUCUUCCGGGACACCAACACCUGAAAGACAAGAAGCCAGUGUCCCGUGCUCUGUUGACUUUCUAUGCUGGCCCGCUUGGGUCACCUCCUAAUGCUGUUCUGCCUUGCUGUGUGUGUGACCUCUGUGGCUGUGGAAGGAAGUGGCCAUUGUGAGGCCUAACGUCCCUUCUGUUGUUACCUCCUGUGCCUCCUCCUCAGGGGGUCUUGUCAGUUACAGGACACAGGAGGGGAGUGGGAUGUGGGAGCUGAGAGUGUUUUUAGGCCACAGGAAGGAAGUGACAGAGCAGGUCUUAGAAGCUGUCAACCCCUGGCAGUAUAGGCUCUAGAUCCAUGUAGAUUAUGUCAACCCCUGUGUCGCAACUGGCACAAGGACACUUGGCCAGUUUCAGAGUGUCAUAGUUAUAAAUGUACUAUUAGCCACUACCCUCCCAAUGUAGAGACUGCAAGCCGCUAGAAAGAAGUGAAGGUUUGCUGCCAAACCCUGUUGAGCGAGGACUAGGCUGGCUUCCAGAGCCCUUUCCUCGUGUGGCCCACUCUGCAGUGGGAAUCAGCUAACAGGUCUCCUGGGUUUAACUGCUGUGCAGGGGAUUGACAGUGGGGUCCUUGCUGGGCUGAUCCUGAUCCAGCAGGGCCUGGAAUCUUACCAACAGAUCUUUUAGAUGCCAGGAUCAUUGAUUUGCUUGUAGUUAGGGCCAGCAGGCAGACAGGUACUUGAUGGAUUGUUCUAUUAGGCCAGCCUGCGCAAGUGGAACCAAAUGCCAUCCCUCUGUGCCUGGCUGGCCUCUGGGAGCAUUUGAGAUACAGAGCAGGUACAGGGUGGGAUGGAUCCUGCCCUAGGGCUGCUGAAUUAGCUGAGAUCUGGCAGUUAGCCAUACUGACAGACAGCAGGAAAACUGUUUCCUCCUAGACGCACUUACCAGUGGCACAGUCCUGUCUCUUCUCCCUGACUAAACUCAGACCAAGCUGCAGUGUCUGAUGCAAGGCAAGUGGGCUUGGGAGCUCCUGGCCUGUGUCCGCCUUGCCUGCUGCUCUUCCUUGGAGCAGCCACAUCUGCUCUGGGCUGUCUGUUCCUUCAGCCACCCAGAGGACCACCCAUGUUUCCCAGGAGCAGUCUGGCUGAAAGGACAUCGCUGUCUCCUGUUUCCUUGCACACUGGGCCAGAGCAAACAUACUGCCCCUGAGGAGCCGUUGCUGUGUCUUUCAUCCCUCCAGGACACCCUUUCAGGCGAACCAGUUCGAGCAUUCCCGUUACCCCGUUCCUUUAGCCUCAGCGUUGGUGAAGUCCUGAAGGAUGAAUUCUGAGGCUGUUGCUCAGUAGGAGAACACUUGCCUGAUAUGCACAAGGCUUAGGUUUGUCCCCGGACUAUUUACAUAAAGGAAGUCCCCAGGGGAUUCCAAAUUUAAGAUUAGCAGCCCAAGAGUUUUGGAUGGGUGAACCAUUUGGUCCCUAGACCCACACCCCUGCCGGCCUAUGCGGGUAUUUUCCAAGUGCCUUUUCUGUGCCCUACAGAAAAUGUAACCAUCAUAGAUGUUUCUGGAGAAACUUUUUUAUUUAUUUAUUUUUUUGAGAAGGGUUUCUCUGUGUCAUAGCCCUGGCUGUCCUGGACUUUGUAGACUAACUUAGCCUCCAACUCACAGAGAUCCACCUGCCUCUGCUGGGAUUAAAGGCAUGCACCACCACUCUUGGCCCUGAGGAAACUUUUAAAAUCUUGUACCUCUAAAAGGAUACCAGACCCAAGUGUCAUCAUACCACGUCUAUGAAUGGUCAGCCACCAGAGCUUUUGUGCUCCAGUGAGACAGAACCAGAAAUGGAUUAUAAGAGACCUAAGAGCCUGUGGAGAAGGGCAGAGCAGGCAGUCUGCCCAUGGUGUCUUAGUAGUGGAUGCAUGUCCUUGUCAUGCUGCCCCAGCUGAGGCUGCAGGAGGAAACAGUUGGCCCAAGCCUGCAUGUCACUGCCCUACCAGGAGGUCAGAUUCAGUAACAGUGCCGAGAAAUAAAAUCAGAGUUAGACGUGGUGGCACACACUUAUUUCUUGGGAGGUAAAGACAUUUCAAGGAUAGCCCAAGCUGUAUGAGACCCUGUCUGUAAAUAAAGAGAAACCAAAUCUCUCUGAAGAACAAACCUAGAGGCAGAAUGCGUGAACGUAGUGUAAGGCCUUGUUUGUGAGAACGUUAAGGCUCCUUUUUGCACACAGACCAAGUGUGGCAGGAACUGUAUGCGUGAUGGUAGUGGGAGGACCAUGAUCCCUGCUGUUGGCAAUAAACAGGUUUCUGGAGUCUCA